CACGUACUCACACCAUUCCCUAGUAGCCACUCAGAGAUACCGCAAUCUCAGUUCAGUUCGAUGAAAUCACAGGUCUACAACGACCACUCUACCCAUGACACACAUUUCGAGCCCUGAGCUGGCCCAGUUCCCAAACACCGUGCCAUAUUUUGUGAAUGGCAACUUGUGUGAAGCAGAGCCUUGCGACUGAGAAGAAGAUGCUGGUACGUGUCCUACAAGCAAGUAUUCAGGCGUUCGAAUCAGCCAAAGCCUCACUAAUAGCUGUAUGCCCUCUCAGAUCUCCUCUCUCACAACAGGACGCUCACAAAUCCCGCGUGUAGUCGAAGAAGGCAUUGAAUGCUUCGCAGUGUCCUCCCAGACACGACAAUCAUAGCUGCUUUGGACAUCAUUUAUCGUGAGGAUGGUGAGUAAUAUGCUGAAAAUUUUGCGGCUGAAUGAUGGGCCUUCAAUCAUAAAGUACAAGACUUCUUGGGACCAGCAUCACUGCGAAGUUCCAGGCAUUACUUCAACAUACACCGUCUUUCCCCACCUCGAUGUUGCAUCUAUAGCCGUGUCUGGUUACUGCACCUGCCGAUCAUUCGCAUGUGCGGUGCUAGUAUCCGAGAGUCGUCUUGUGUGAAUUUACAU